AUGCCUGCUACACGCAAGAACGCAAAGAGGCCAGCCUCGGAUCCUACACCAGCUCGACCUGCGAAGAAAAUCAGACAAGCUACUAAAAAGGUUGCUUCAAAAAAUGAUACAAAAAACACGGCAAAGGCGACCGAGGCCAAGAAAGACGAGAAAGGAAAAUUAAAGCCCAAGAAACCUUCAACUUCGAAAAAUACAAAGACCACCACCAAAAAAAACGUCGCUUCCCCCAAAGGCUGGAACGAGCCAGAAUUUUAUGAAUUAUCAGCGACAGACUACCUCUGUCAUGCCCUGAAUGUCGCUCUGCUGAUAGCAAGUUUGUGGCAGUCAUCUUGA